CGGCCAGUUUGCCGUGACGUCAUUGCUAUAAAUUACCCUGUAUCUCGCGAUCACGUUGAUUUCAUGUCAUAGUUUCCAACGAAUCUGCAGGAGAAGUUGCAGGUCAAUUAUUAGCAUUUUUCGCCCAGUCCUUCUACAAUUCUUUUACAAUUUUGUAGGUAACAAUGGCAGCUAAAGGAACUGCAGUUGGCAUUGAUUUGGGCACAACAUAUUCGUGUGUGGGUGUCUUCCAGCAUGGGAAAGUUGAAAUUAUUGCCAACGACCAAGGAAAUCGUACAACACCCAGCUAUGUAGCAUUUACAGACACCGAACGUCUCAUCGGUGAUGCGGCCAAGAAUCAAGUUGCAAUGAAUCCAAUAAAUACUGUAUUUGAUGCCAAGCGUCUGAUUGGACGUAGAUUCGAUGAUGCAACCGUACAGUCUGAUAUGAAACACUGGCCAUUCAAAGUUGUGAGUGAUGGAGGCAAACCAAAGAUUCAAGUUGAUUACAAAGGAGAGACAAAAAAAUUCUAUCCCGAAGAAAUCAGUUCAAUGGUAUUAGUUAAAAUGAAAGAAACUGCCGAGGCCUACCUAGGAAAGAAAAUUGACAAUGCUGUUGUAACUGUUCCUGCCUAUUUUAAUGAUUCCCAACGUCAAGCAACCAAAGAUGCCGGUACCAUUUCCGGAAUGAAUGUACUUCGUAUAAUCAAUGAACCUACUGCCGCAGCCAUAGCAUAUGGUCUUGACAAAAAGGUCGGAGCUGAGCGGAAUGUCCUAAUUUUUGACCUGGGUGGUGGUACUUUUGAUGUGUCUAUCCUAACCAUUGAAGAUGGUAUCUUUGAAGUGAAGUCGACGGCUGGUGACACUCAUUUGGGUGGUGAAGAUUUUGAUAUCCGUAUGGUAAACCAUUUCCAGCAAGAGUUCAAACGAAAACACAAGAAAGACAUCAAUCCAAACAAGCGUGCUGUUCGUCGUCUCAGAACUGCAUGCGAACGUGCAAAGAGAACUCUCUCGUCAAGCACACAAGCCAGUAUAGAGAUUGAUUCGUUGUUUGAGGGUAUUGACUUCUAUACUUCUCUGACACGUGCUCGAUUUGAAGAGCUGAACGCAGACCUGUUCCGUAGCACACUCGAACCUGUAGAGAAAUCGAUGAGAGAUGCCAAGCUGGACAAAUCACAAAUUCAUGAUAUUGUACUUGUGGGUGGCUCAACACGUAUCCCAAAGAUUCAGAAACUAUUGCAAGACUUCUUCAACGGCAAAGAGUUGAACAAGAGCAUCAAUCCUGAUGAGGCAGUAGCCUACGGAGCAGCUGUACAGGCUGCCAUCUUGGCUGGUGACAAGUCAGAUGAAGUACAAGAUUUAUUGCUUUUGGAUGUGGCACCACUGUCAUUGGGUAUUGAGACGGCUGGCGGUGUUAUGACUUCCCUCAUCAAGCGUAAUACAACAAUCCCAACUAAACAGACCCAGACAUUUACCACAUAUUCAGACAAUCAACCUGGUGUGCUCAUUCAAGUUUAUGAGGGUGAGCGUGCCAUGACAAGAGACAAUAAUAUUCUUGGUAAGUUUGAGUUGACUGGUAUUCCACCUGCACCCCGUGGUGUGCCACAGAUUGAAGUGACAUUUGAUAUUGAUGCCAAUGGUAUCCUGAACGUCUCUGCAGCUGACAAGAGCACUGGUAGAGAAAAUAAAAUCACAAUCACCAAUGACAAAGGUCGUUUAUCGAAAGAAGAGAUUGAGAAGAUGGUUAAUGAUGCUGAAGCAUACAAAGCUGAAGACGAUAAGCAACGUGAUAGGAUUAGUGCCAAGAAUGGUCUUGAAAGUUAUGCCUUCAAUAUGAAAAAUACUGUGGAAGAUGAGAAGUUGAAGGACAAAAUCAGUGAUGACGACAAGAAAGUAAUACUUGAUAAAUGUAAUGAAGUGAUCACUUGGUUAGACUCCAACCAGAGUGCUGAGAAAGAUGAAUUUGAAUACCAACAGAAAGAGCUUGAAAAGGUGUGCAAUCCAAUCAUCACUAAACUAUACCAAGCUGCAGGUGGUGCACCUGGUGGUAUGCCUGGUGGUAUGCCAGGAGGCAUGCCUGGCGGUUUCCCUGGUGCUGGUGGAGCUCCUGGUGCCGGUGGUAAUACUGGUGGCAGUGGCGGACCAACCAUCGAAGAAGUCGAUUAAAAUGUUUAUGAAGACGAUGGAAAUGAUGCUAAUGUUGACCAAUUGGAUAUCCACCAAAAUAUGACGCGAUUGAAAUAAAAUACUAUACUAUACGAGAGUGCUGCUAGUUACUAUGGCAACAAUUUAUAAUACACCAGCUCCCAUAGACAUUUAGUGCUGUUCAUCUGUCAAAGUUAGAUUUGUUUCUUGGUAACCAUUUAUGACUAAACGUUUGACAGUGCAUUUAACAAGCGUUGCAAAUCCUGGAUGGUUAAUGUUUUGUUUAAAAUGUAUUAUAGCAAAUGUAAUGUUUUUUUGUUGUCGCAAGAAUAAAGUUACUGGUAUUAAGUUUAUUGUCUAUUAUAAACCAAGAACUAAACCUUUU